AACGCGUGUAGUUGUUAUAGCUCGUUUGACUUUACUUUCUCUCUUCUAACUGGCCCUUGAUAAGUGAGUCUCGAUACACAAUAUGUUUGGAAAGAGUACUUUUGGAAAUACUGGAGGCUUUGGUCAACAACAGCAACAGCCUACAACGUCUGUCUUCGGACAACAACCUCAACAACAAAAUGCUUUUGGAGGAGGAUUUGGAGCUACAUCAGCUCCCAGUGCUUUCGGAACAACCAACACAACAAGUGCCUUUGGUCAGCCAGCUCAACAGCAAUCAGCUUUUGGGUCUACCCCUACGACAGGUGGCUUUGGUGCAACAGGAUCUGCAUUUGGACAAAACAGACCCUCUGCAUUCGGUUCAACCCAACCUUCUGCAUUUGGUCAAACCCAAACAUCUACCGGCUUUGGAGGUUUUGGAUCUACUUCAUCUUCCACCCCAGCCUUUGGAAGUUCGACAACUACAAACACAGGUGGUUUAUUCGGUCAAAGACCUGCUACCAGUGCCUUUGGCAGUACCAAUACAACAUCUGCCUUUGGUCAACCUCAACAACAACAGCAAUCGGCAUUUGGGGGAUUGGGUUCAACCACAACAUCAGCAUUUGGGCAACCUGCAGCCGCUACAGGUGGAAUGAAUCAAGGUACGGCUAUUGCUGAUUUCACACCCACUCAAGAUCGAGAUAUCGCUACUGGUGUUAAUAACUUCUUCCAAACAAUCACUGCGAUGCCUCAAUACAAGAAUUAUUCACUUGAAGAACUUCGUUUACAAGAUUAUCAACAAGGUAGAAAGACUGCUGCCGCUGGUGGCACUACUGGUGGAGCUUUUGGCUCAACUGGCACUUCUGUUUUCGGUCAACCUGCCCAAACAAGUGCUUUUGGUCAACCUGCAGGUACUACAUCAGCUUUUGGCGCGACUAAUACAACCUCAGCAUUUGGACAACCUCCUCAAACCAGUUCGUUCGGUCAGCCUGCUACAGGCACAACUGGUGGUCUUUUCGGUCAGCAAAACACUACUAGCGCUUUUGGACAACCUGUUGCAGGUACAAGUGCUUUUGGUGGAAGUACAUCAGCCUUUGGUCAACCUGCAGCUCAAACUGCCGGUGCAUUCGGAGCAGGUGGAACUGGAGCAUUCGGUAAUGCAGCUGCCUCAAAGCCCUUUUCGUUUGGUAGUACUCCUGCUCCUGCAACUAAUACUGGUGGUUUUGGUCAGCCUGCUACUGGUGGAUUCGGCCAAACGAUCAACACAUCUUCUGCUUUUGGUCAACCUGCACAACAAAAUACUGGAUUUGGUGGUUUUGGGCAAAAGCCUGCCACUCAAACAACUGGCGGUUUUGGUGGUUUUGGCGCCACAACUACUCCUGCUACUGGAGCUUUUGGUACGGGUGCAACAACAGGUGGAUUUGGUGCUACUGCUGCUAGUAAGCCUACCACAGGGUUCUCUUUUGGUGCCACAGCAACCAAUUCCACAGCUCCUUCCACUGGUUUUGGUGGAUUUGGCUCUUCAACGAAUAAUGCAACUGGUGGCUUCGGUCAAGCCAAUACAGCCGGCACUGGCGGUGGUCUUUUUGGUGCUGCUAAGCCUGCUGCUCCUUCAACUUCUUUCUUUGGUAAUACCGGCACUACCAAUACAGGCACUACUGGCGGAUUUGGUGGUUUUGGUACGGGUCAAAAUAAUACAACUGGUACAGCUGGCAGCUUAUUCGGUCAGAAACCUGCAACCGGUGGUGGAUUGUUCGGUGGCAGUACUUUAGGUGGUAAUACUUUGGGUAGUACCGGUACCGGCGGUUUCGGCGGUUUCGGUCAACAACAACAGCAACCUGGAAAUACCUUUACUUUACCCGCUACAGGUGGUUUGACUUCAUUCGGCACUAACCCUCUCCAGCAGCAACAACAACAGCCUUUAAUUGCUACUAUCGACAAAAACCCAUAUGGUAAUAAUCCUUUGUUUGAUGUAAGUAAGGUUGGAACCGAAGCUGUCUUCAAUGACAGUGGAAAAACAGGUCCUUCUGCAGUAGCCACUAUGCCAAGCCGUAAAGCCACUACUCCUCAUUUCCCUAUGUCCCCUCGUGUGGUAUCUAAAAUUAAACUUCGUGGAUUCACAUUUAAUCAUUCCACUAAAUCCAAUGUGAAGAAAAGCUCUUCUCUUCCAUUGGAUGGUGUUAGCGAUGAUGCAGUUCUUGGUUCUGGUGCAUUCGCUCCACGCCCAACCAACAAAAAGCUGGUUUUCGAUGAGAAUGUUCAUACGGCCGACAUUGAAGCUCUUUUGAACAAAAAAAGAUCAGACAAAAAGAAAAUCAUCUUCAAUCCUCAACUUGAAUAUGUAGCAACUCAACAACUUUCCAGUAAGAAUGGCGUCACUUCUCCAACAACCACAACUACUACUGCAACCACUGUCACCACAACAACCGUUACGACUUCCUCCAACUCUGGAUCUGCUGAUAAUGAUGCGGAGCAGACUUCAGUCACUCCUACCAGCAAGGCUUCCGCCAUUGCCAUGAAAAGAGAUGGAUAUUACAUAUCACCCACUUUAGAAACGUUGAAGAAUAUGCCCAAAGAGGCCUUAAAACAAGUGCAAAACCUAGUCGUUGGUCGUAAAGGAUUUGGUGAAGUGCGAUUUGACGAGCCUGUCGACUUGACUGAUAUUGAGUUGGAGGAUAUUAUGGGACAAAUGAUUGUAAUUUCAGAAAGAAAAGUAGUGGUCUACCCUGUUCAAGACCAAAAGCCUCCUAAGGGAACCAAGUUGAAUGUACCUUCCACGAUAACAAUCCAUAACUGCUACGCCAGCGAUAAGGAUACAGGUGCGCCUAUAACAGAUCCUGAGCAUCCACGAUUCAAAUUUUUCAAAGAAAAGUUGAUGCAGAAGAGCGGCGUUCAGUUUGUCAGUUAUGAUGACGAGACCGGUCGUUGGGUCUUCAAAGUUGAUGAAUUUUAACGAAGCAACUUAUCAAAAAAGCACUUAGGCAAACAUUUUCACAAACCAUAGUAAUAUUCUUUUUAUUA